AUGGAGGGGUUCUCCACACUCACCAGGAAACAUGGCACUAAGAUGUGUCCUAGUCUUGAUUGCAGCGUGGAGGACAUUGGGUUAGCUGAGGGGAAAAGGUCGGGCAGGCCUGAGGGCUGUGGUCUGUCAGAGAGAAGCUGUGAAGAUCUGUCCUCAGUUCUCAGCUCUGGGUCCUCUAGUCUGAGACACCUGGACCUGGAUGGAAACAACCUGAAGGAUUCAGGGGUGAAGAAUCUCUCUGCUGGACUUCAGAGUCCACACUGUAAACUGGAAACUCUCAGCCUGAGGAGCUGUGGUCUGUCAGAGAGAAGCUGUGAAGAUCUGUCCUCAGUUCUCAGCUCUGAGUCCUCUAGUCUGAGACACCUGGACCUGAGUGGAAAAACAACCUGGAAGGAUUCAGGGUGA